AUGUGGUCAAACAAUGUUACACCAAGAUCGUUUGAGAAUAAAAUCUAUGAUUUAAUCGAUAAUCACAGAAGACUACCAAAUUUCGUUCCAUAUAAUCAACCGUUGAUGAUCGAUAUAGAAUCGUCUGCUUCGACUAAUGUCGUCUCAUCAAACACUAAUAUGCGUUUGUUAAAACUAACAAUAGACUGUAACGGUGAAAUGCAACAGAAUGGUCACAUGCUGUCAACUUUUUUAUUUUCUGAAAAAUCGAUUGGUCGUCCUUGUACACACGAUUAUGUUAAUCAAUUUAUUAACGAAUUUCGAACUGAAAACGAUGAAAAUAUCAAUCCACAUUCACCACCGUCAGUCACAUACGCUAAACCGAUGAAGAGAAAUUUGGUGUUAACAGAUACAAAUCAAAUGUCGAUCAAAGACAUCAGAUCUGAAAAAAACAUUUAUUCUUCACAAAAUUCUCUUGAUUUUAUUCAUUUAAAACCUGAACGCGCCCAACUUGUAAAUACGCCAACAAUUGUGACAAGUGGUAUGGCUGUUCUUUCGUCUAUUAAUGAUCACAAUAGACACAACACAAAUAAAAUUAUAGUCUCGGAAUCAAUAAAUACGAAUAAUAAAGAAAGUUUAUCAUUGAACAAUGAAGAAAUUGAUCGUUUUAUUACAUGUAAUAAAGAGAGGUUUGAUCGAUUAAAACGCCGACGGAAGACACAGCAACACAGUUCGUCAUCGUCUACAUCAUCUGCUUCUUCGAAUCGAACAGCUUUCACAAAUCCAAAUUACGCAUAUCCUUCAGAUUGUAAACUUGGAUCUCCUACCAUUCAACAGGAUAAUGUCGAAUUGUUAUCUUCUUCGAUUAUCGUUUAG